AUGCUGAAAAUACCCAGACCAACAAAGGUGGACCCAAGACCAGAGUGUUUUUCAUCCACUUUGAAGGAAUGUUUUUGUAUCUUCACCCUGACAUUUGCCCCAGCUGCAGCGUCCAUGGCCACAGGAGCCUACCAAAUAUCCAUCAACAAAGUUGCUGACCACUUUCAUGUUGCCGGUGGAGCACUAACAUGGAGCAUAAGCAGUGUAGGUCUUGCAAAUGGAAGCUUGCUGUUGUUAAUGGGGAGUAUAGCAGACUUAUUUGGCAGAAGAUACUCUGUGUUAACGGCAUUUACACUUUACAGUAUGUUUUCUCUUAUUGGAGGGUUUAUGAACAACUACAUCGCUCUAUGCAUCUUCAGGGCCUUACAAGGUGUUGUUGUUGCCGUUGGGACUCCAGCUGCGGCAGGUAUUAUUGGGGCCAAUUAUCCAAUAGGAAGGAGAAAGAACAGAGCAUUCGCAUGUUUCGCCGCCGGAGCCCCCCUAGGGAUGUGUUUUGGGCUUGUAGUUGGCGGUAUUGCAGCGGAAUUUUCUACUUGGAGAGCUAUCCAUUUUUUUAAUACAGUUUGGUAUGCCCUUUUAGCAACAGUGGCCUUUAUAACGGUGCCUAAAGAUCAAGACACUGAGCUGUCCAAAAAAGGUAAACUAGCUACUUUGAAAGAGUUAGAUUACAUGGGUGCUUUCCUCUCUUUGACAGGAUUUACCUUAUUCUGUUUUUCCCUAACUCAAGUUGAUGUCACAGUUCAUGGAUGGAAAACGCCCUACAUCAUUGCGCUACUAAUAGUUGGUUCGCUGUUGAUCGUCGCACUGUUUGUAUGGGAAAAAUAUGUACCACGAAGGCCCCUAAUGCCAAUGGAGAUGUGGUCGAACUCAAGGUUCGCCCGUAGCAUUACUAUCAUGUCACUGCUUUGGCUCUGCUUUGCAGGAACAUUGACUUACUUUUCGAUCCUGUUCUUUGAGAACGUUCAAGCUAGGUCGCCCUUACUUACAACGGCAUACAUCCUCCCAAUGGGCAUUGUGGGGAUAUUAACUAACAUUUUUAUUGCAUUUACACUGCAUGUAAUUCCAGGCAGAAUAUUAUUACUCGCAGCAUCGUUGUCCUUCUGCGGUUCUGCGGUAAUUUGGGCUACAGUGUCGAAGAACCGGCUUUACUGGGCUGGACCGUUCCAAGCAAUCAGCUUGUCAGUCAUUGGUGCUGACACAGCAUACAAUGUAUGCAACAUGGUAACAAUGACAUCAGUCUCUAAAGAUCUACAGAGCUCCGCGGCUGGAGUCUUCAACACUGUCAUCCAGCUUUCCGGGGCUGUAGGGCUGGCUAUUUCUUCUGCCGUUGUUAAUGCCCGAAAUCCACUUUACGGAACUCCCCAACAGAACGACGACCCAGUGAAAUUACUGGACGGCUUUCGAAAUGCCUGGUACUGCGCUAUAGGAUAUUCUGUUGUUGCAGUAGUUUUGUCGUGCUUCCUGAAAAUCGGAACUUACGGCAAUUCGCAGCAUGAAGAAGCGGAACCUGAGAUAGCCUCAGAGACAUUGCCCCAAGGCUUUGAUGGGAAGACGAGCCCGUAA